AAGACAUAGACAGUUGCAUAUAUACUCUUUUUUGUUCAGUGUACUUGUGUGUAAUCCCAACCAUUCAGCAGCUGCAUUGCGCAUACGCCAUGCACGCCCCUCGACUGCCCAUCCGCCUGCUGGGCCUGCUUGGCCUGCUGCUCCUGCUGGCUGGCCACGCCCACGCCGCCUACAAGCUGCAGGAGCGCUACAGCUGGAACCAGCUGGACUUUGCCUUCCCCAGCGAAAGGCUCAAGGAGCAGGCCAUCGCCAGCGGCGACUACAUCCCGCAGAACGCCCUGCCCGUUGGCGUCGAGCACUUCGGCAAUCGGCUGUUCGUCACAGUGCCGCGCUGGCGCGACGGCAUUCCGGCUACAUUAACCUACAUCAAUAUGGAUCGCAGUCUGUCGGGCUCGCCGGAGCUCAUACCGUAUCCGGACUGGCGCAGCAAUACGGCUGGAGAUUGCGCAAACAGCAUUACGACAGCGUACCGCAUCAAGGUAGACGAAUGCGCGCGGCUUUGGGUGCUGGACACGGGCACCGUGGGCAUUGGCAAUACCACCACCAAUCCCUGCCCGUACGCCGUGAACGUCUUCGAUCUGACCACGAAUACGAGAAUCCGACGCUACGAACUGCGCCCCGAGGACACAAACCCGAACACGUUCAUUGCCAACAUAGCUGUGGACGUGGGCAAGACCUGCGAUGAUGCAAUGGCAUAUUUCUCCGAUGAGCUGGGCUACGGCCUGAUCACGUAUUCCUGGGAGCAGAACAAGUCCUGGCGGUUCUCGGCACACUCCUACUUCUUCCCGGAUCCACUGCGUGGCGAUUACAACAUCGCCGGCCUGAACUUCCAGUGGGGCGAGGAGGGCAUCUUUGGUAUGGCGCUGUCGCCCAUACGUUCCGAUGGCUAUCGCACGCUCUACUUCAGUCCCCUGGCCAGCCAUCGCCAGUUUGCGGUAUCCACGCGCAUCUUGAGGGACGAGUCGCGCACCGAGGACAGCUAUCACGAUUUCAUUGCCUUGGACGAGCGUGGUCCCAAUUCCCACACCACAGCUCGCGUGAUGAGCGACGAUGGCAUCGAGCUGUUCAAUCUGAUCGAUCAGAAUGCAGUCGGCUGCUGGCACUCGUCGAUGCCCUAUACGCCGCAGUUCCAUGGCAUUGUGGAUCGCGACGACGUGGGCCUAGUCUUUCCCGCCGACGUCAAGAUCGAUGAGAACAAGAAUGUCUGGGUGCUGUCCGAUCGUAUGCCAGUCUUUCUGCUCUCCGAUCUCGACUAUAACGAUGUCAAUUUCCGCAUCUAUACCGCUCCGCUCGGCGUUCUCAUCGAGAACACCGUCUGCGACUUGAGGAAUAAUGCCUAUGGUCCCUCGAAUUCGGUCAAUUCCCCCAAUCAGCAGCAGCCGUCGCUGCCCGUUGGCCCACCCAAUAUCUAUAAGCCAUAUCGUCCCGCUGGACCACCCAAGAAGCCCCAACUGUCAACCAGCUGGGCGCCAGCGCCACCCAGUCGCACCUAUCUGCCCGCAGUAUCUCCAUCCGUUGACCCGGGACAGAGCAUCUCCAGCGUUAGCGUUUCGACCGGAGUGGAGAUACCCAAGGCAUAUGUCUUCAACCAGCACAACGGACUCAACUAUGAGACGAGCGGACCCCACCUCUUCCCAUCCCAUCAGUCCAUUGCGCAGCGCGAGGGCCUGAAGAGCUACGUGAACGCCCGCCAGGCCGGCUGGUGGCAUCAUCAUCAUUGA